GGGAAAAAAAAGUUCAACAAUGAUGAAAGAAAAAAUGUAUUCAAGUGUUUGUUUUUGAGAAACGCAUGCGAUUUAUAUUGGAUAUAGCACCUUUAAGAUUCUAUAUACAUAUAAAAAUCGGGUGCAAACGCAAAUCAAAUUUCAUGGAAUAAAGUUGCAUGGAAUAUGUUGAACAAAUUUCGAGAGAAAGAGAGAGUCAGCGCAAAACAAAACAACAUUCAAACUCUGAUGAUCCAUACAAGAAAAUUUUGAAUCGGAUUGGUUCAGCAGUUGGUAACUAUUCCUUUCAUCAUCAUAAAGUGUAUGAUGUGAAUUGCCAAUCAAUCCAUUGUGUUUGCUGAAUUGUUUUCGUUCAUUAUUCGAUCGUGCUUGAUAAUUGGUGAUGAUAUUUUUGGCCUGCUGUUAUUUUAUCGAAUUUUUCUUUCUCAUUUCACAAUUAAUGCAGUUUUCAUCCGAAUUGCUGAUCAAAUUAGGAUCAAUCACUAAGAAACAAAAUUGAACAAUAUCCAUUUGCCUGAUCAUAGUCAUCAAGAAAUUUUUCUUCUUGACCGUUUUUUUUGUUUUGUUUUGUCGUUAAUUGGGCCUUAUUGUGUGUAAAUGUUUAGCUGAAAUUCAUUCUUUCAUUUCUUCUGUCCAUUGUCCAAAUUGAUCAUUUCAUUUACGUUAUUUACAUCAUCAUUACAUAUCGAAAAUGAGACGAAGAAAAAGUUCUUGUCCAAAUAUUGAACCACGACGUACAUCGGCAACACCGAAUCGUAGUAGUAUGAAGCUUGAUCUUUAUAUUGAAGAUGAUGAACUACUUCCAGCACCGGUACGUCGUAAUUCACCAUCACCAACAUCUGUUUAUGAUCAUCAUCAUAAUAAUCAAAAUAAUCGUCGACGAUCAUCAUCAUCGACAAACAAUAUUGAAGAUACAGCCGAAGAGGUUCUUUGUCUGCGUCUUUUGAGCACACGUACUCGUUAUCGUUUCGGUGGUCUUCGUGUAAAUCUAAUUAGCCCAGUGUUUAAUAUGGAUAAAUUAUUCAACGUUGAAUUUGAUCAAGAUAGUCAAAUUGCAUUGAUUAAAAGUCAACAAACAAGUUUUGAUCAACAACAACAAUCACCGGAUAUGUCAUUUUUUUACAAUAAUAUAGAUGCUCAACCGAAAUCUAGUGGUGGUAAAUGUGCAACAAUAGUUAUUGAACCAGAAAGUGAAGAACAAAAAGAUGAAAUCACUAGACAAUUACCAUUAUUAACAGCUGAUUUAACAUUAUUAGAAGAUACUUGUAAAACAUCCACCAUUGAUCACAACACUAAUAACAACCAUAAUAAUAAUCAUGGUAAAAAUCAUCAUCAAACAGCGCGUAGUCUGACUCGUAUACCAGAACCAGAAUCAACGGAACAAUCAUCAAUACGACGAUAUGCAAAACGUCAUCAAUCAACAUCAUCAAUAAAUCACAAUAAUAAUAAUGAUGAUAUUAAAUUUGAAAGUGUUAAGGUUUAUACAAAAGUUGAACCACCAGAUCCAAAUUUAAUUAAUUUGGAAUUAAAAAAUGAUUCAUUUCUUCAUCUUCAUCAACAACAACAACAACAACAACAACAACAACAAACAUCACCAUCGAAAAAGAAAAACGAUAAAAAGGAUAAAGGAUCAAAGAAAAUUAAAGAUAUGCGUCGUCAUACACAUUUCUAUUGUCAUAUACCAACAUCGUUGACAUCGUCUUCGUCAUCAUCACAUCAUCAGAAAUCAUCCAAUUAAUUCUCGUGAAAAUGAGGAAAGACAAUCUGAAAAGGAAAAAAAAUCAUCAAACAAAAAUUUAAUCAAAUGAUCAUGAUGUACGAUUGAUUGAUUUUUGUUCACC